GGCGCGCGGGGCGUGCGGGCGGGCGCGGGGCCCGGUGCCGGGGGUAUGCGCGGGUCUGGGCGGGCAGCCCCGGCGCACAGCCGCGGCCCCGGCGCACGGCGCGGGGCGGAAAAGCCUGUUUACACAGACUGCACACCGCCUGGGGAAUAAUGCAGUAAAGGAAGUGAGCAGGCUCGGCCUGACUGCUCCAACUUCCUGCUCUCACACACACCAGAGGGGGGGGGGGGGGAAAAAAAAAAAGAGGAGCGAGAGAAAGAAAAAAAAAAAGAGGGGGGAAAAUCAGGAUCUCAUUACAAGAGCAACAGACCGUCUGCAGACGCCUGUCAGCAUGGAAAGUCGGGGGCUUUCACCCGGUUCCUCCUAGAAAUCUCCCCAAGAAGACUCCCAAACGCUCCCCCACGUCUGGGUAUGGAGAGUGCAAUCACGCUGUGGCAGUUCCUUUUGCACUUGCUGCUGGACCAGAAACAUGAGCACCUCAUCUGCUGGACAUCGAAUGAUGGCGAGUUCAAGCUCCUCAAGGCGGAAGAAGUGGCCAAGCUGUGGGGCCUCCGCAAGAACAAGACCAACAUGAACUACGACAAGCUGAGCAGAGCGCUGAGAUACUAUUACGACAAGAACAUCAUCAAGAAAGUGAUCGGGCAGAAGUUUGUGUACAAGUUCGUCUCUUUCCCAGAUAUCCUGAAAAUGGAUCCUCAUGCGGUAGAGAUAAGCCGGGAGAGCCUCCUGCUGCAGGACGGUGACUGUAAGAUGUCCCCGGAAGGCCGAGAGGUCCACAGGCACGGCUUGUCCUCCCUCAAAAGUGCCAGCCGCAACGAGUACCUCCACUCGGGCCUCUACUCGUCCUUCACCAUCAACUCCCUGCAGAACAGUCCAGAGGCCUUCAAGGCCAUCAAGACGGAGAAGCUGGAGGAGCCCUGUGAUGACAGCCCCCCUGUGGAAGAAGUCAGGACUGUGAUCAGGUUUGUGACCAAUAAAAACGACAAGCACAUCACCAGGCCUGUGGUGUCCCUGCCUUCCACAUCCGAGACCGCUGCGGCGGCGGCAUCCGCUUUCCUGGCCUCGUCUGUCUCAGCCAAGAUCUCCUCUUUAAUGUUGCCAAAUGCUGCCAGCGUUUCGUCUGCGUCACCCUCUUCAUCUCGGUCCCCAUCCCUGUCCCCUGACUCUCCCCUCCCUUCUGAACACAGAAGCCUCUUCCUGGAGGCAGCCUGCCAUGACUCCGAUUCUCUGGAGCCCCUAAAUCUGUCAUCGGGCUCCAAAACCAAGUCUCCAUCUCUUCCCCCAAAAGGCAAAAAACCCAAAGGCUUGGAAAUCUCUGCACCCCAACUGUUGCUCUCCGGCACCGACAUCGGCUCCAUCGCCCUCAACAGCCCAGCCCUCCCCUCAGGAUCCCUCACUCCAGCCUUCUUCACUGCACAGACACCAAGUGGACUGUUUCUGGCCUCGAGUCCGCUGCUGCCCAGCAUACACUUCUGGAGCAGCCUUAGUCCGGUCGCCCCACUGAGUCCUGCCAGGCUGCAAGGGCCAAACACACUUUUCCAGUUCCCCACACUGCUCAACGGUCACAUGCCGGUGCCGCUCCCCAGUCUGGACAGAGCUCCAUCCCCAGUUCUGCUGUCCCCCAGCUCUCAGAAAUCCUGAUGAUGGGCCACCAACGUCACUGUCAUCAACUAAGGACUCAGAACAGAUGACGGAUGAUGCCAGUUUGUCCCCAUGGGCUAGUUUACCUGUGUCAUGAGAAGGACAUUGUGAAACCUGGUUCAUUUGGUUUGCACUUUUCGUAACAUGGAUAAUCUAGAUGUAUGUUAGCAUUUUAAAACAAAAGUUUUGUCUUUUUAUAUAUAUAUAUAUAUUCAGCUCUCUAUAAAAGUCUGUUUCGCAUUCAGUGAAUUUUAAUGUUUGUGUUUUUUUUUUUUAAAUCUUGUUAGCUCUGGAGUGUUGAACACUGCCAGGGAGGAGCCUUUCUUAAUGUUUUCAAUGUAACUAAUGAGGAUGUGAAGCCUUUUAUUGCUUUAACUCUACAUAUGCUGAACUCCGCUUGUAUACACGAUGUAACCAGCUGUGCCUUCCUUUGCAUUUAGUGUUAUGUACAUGAAUUUAUGUAUUUCUAGUAUUGAGAGAAAAUGUUUGAAGGACACCUUGGCAUCAAACGGCUCUCUGUAGAGGGUUAUUUUCUCACGUAGACACAUCCAAGUGAACCUCCAUCACGGAAAGAACUGCCUUAGGACCUCUUUGGAACUGAAAUCCAGUAAGUGUAAUGUCCAAGUGAUGUUUUUUUAUAAGAAUGAAUGAAGCCAUAUUUAGACAAUAAACAUUGUUUAAAGAA